AUGGCCCUCCGCUCAGGCACGCAGUCCUGCCCGCCACCCGAGCUGCCGCAACUCGUCGCCGAGCAGCACGUCCCGCUCGCCGCCCACGACAAGCACUCCAAGCGCCUCGUCGUCGUGCUCUCCAACGCCAGCCUCGAGACCUACCGCGCCGCCAGCUCGGCGUCCGCCAGCAGUGCCGCCCCCGGCAAGCCCGCGCGCGACGACAAGUACUCGCUGCUCAACAGCGAUGAGCACAUCGGCGUCAUGCGCAAGAUGGGCCGCGACAUCAGCGAGGCCCGCCCCGACAUCACCCACCAGUGCCUGCUCACGCUGCUCGACUCGCCCAUCAACAAGGCCGGCAAGCUGCAGAUCUACAUCCACACGGCCAAGGGCGUGCUCAUCGAGGUCAGCCCGACCGUGCGCAUCCCGCGCACCUUCAAGCGCUUCGCCGGCCUGAUGGUGCAGCUGCUGCACCGGCUCGCCAUCCGCUCCACCAACUCGCAGGAGAAGCUGCUGCGUGUCAUCAAGAACCCCAUCACCGACCACCUGCCGCCCAACUGCCGCAAGGUCACCCUCAGCUUCGACGCCCCCGUCGUGCGCGUCAACGACUACAUCCGCACCCUCGGCCCCGCCGAGAGCAUCUGCGUCUUCGUCGGCGCCAUGGCCAAGGGCCGCGACGACUUCGCCGACGCCUUCAAGGACGACACCAUCAGCAUCAGCAACUUCAGCCUGAGCGCCAGCGUCGCCUGCAGCAAGUUCUGCCACGCCGCCGAGGACGCCUGGGGCAUUGUGUAG